ACAAACCAGUAGUCAAAGGACCCUCCCGCUCAAAGAACUGCACCUUGAGGAACAUAUGCCUUCAUAUGAAUUGGCUUCUAUAUCCAUAUAAUAUGACCAAUCAACUUUUACCAUCCUGGAAGACUGAAGUGAGAGGGAGAAACUUAAUUGUGGAACCUCCAGUCAACAAACAUUUCAAGACGGAAACUAUCAAGCCUGUAAGCCCACCUCAGCUAUCAAUAUAUGAGUUCUGCUGAAAUCUCCCAUUGUAGCUAUAUUCGCAGAGCAAAUUUCCCUCUUGAUGCUCCUAGGAUGUUGGAACCACUCUAGUGUUCGAAACCAGAGAGUCACAGUUGAGAAUUUGAUUUCAAACUUUGGUAGCGAUCUUUUCCGGGAAUUCCACCAUAUUCAGAUGAUAUGUGUGUGGUAGUAUGUUCUUUAUUCUGGCACACCGCAGAGAAGAUAAUAUACAAUAUUCGCAGCAGUAUGGUGAGUAUCGACCACUCUAUCCCUUUCAAGCUUGAGAUGUCUUCGAGAUUACAUGUAUCCAGAGCGGGUGUGUGGACUAGAAACAACCGGACUAGGCAAGUGCCUGCUGUGGCAAGGUUGAUGCCACGCAUUCUUCGAGGAAUGAAGCCUCGGAAUCAGCCAUCUAUAGCCAUUUUCUCGAAAACAUCCCCAUCGUGGACAGAAUAUCGAUAUAUCGCGGUAUACAUUGUGCCAGCUCUUUUUUGCAAAGAAACGGCGAGUGGUCCAGAUGGGACUCUUCCGGAGCUCCCCAGCAAGUCUGGAGAUAGCCCUCUUAUUUCUCUUGAUGCAACAACAGAGCAUCAGCAGAGUCUUGCUUUGGCUGAUGUAGCAUUGCCGAGGCCUUUCAGUAAGGAGAAGGCACUGGAUCUCGGAAUCUGGUCAAAUCAUAACAACUUGUCGGAUUUCCUAUUCCACUUGCUCCUUGUUCUCGUCUCUCGCUGA